AUGAAAAUAAUUAAAACGGCUCUAACAUUGUUAUUAUUUGUAUUUGAAAUAGGAAUUGCAGAACUCUUAGCAGAUGGUGAGUAAGGUAAAAUAUAUAACUGUGCAAAUAUUGAAUUAAUUGGAUUAAUUGGAGGAGAUCCUUUAACAAUAGAUACAAGCAAAGAACGAUAUAUAACAUUUGAUGGGGAUGUUAGACUAUCUCAUAAAACACAUAAAUAGACUAUGGAUAGUUUAAAAGAAGGAAAGGAUUAUUUUGGAACUAAUUCUAUUCAUUAUAGCUCCGUUUAAAAUGGAAUUUAUAUUUUUGUGAUUGAGAAAUCCUAAGAAAACAUAAUAUAAUCAUAUAUUAAGACAAGUUUAAAAAGAAGUUAUAAAGUGGCAUAGAUACCAUAGGUUUUCUAUUUAAAAACAAUUAUAGAAGGAUAGAAAAAAUAUGCAAUUCAUUAAAUAACAAUGAGUGAUAAAAAAGAAAUGAAAAGAGAACUAUUUAAAGAAGAAAAAGAAACUAUGCAAUCAGUAAAUAUAUCCUAUUAUACAAAAGUUCACAGGUUUAUAAUUUUCAAAGAAAUUUGUAAAUAUUGUAUUUGCUACAUUGGAGACUGGAACUUUUUAAGAUUUUACAGCUGAUGAAAAAUUUCUUGAAGGUGUGAAAUCAAUAUUAGAUGAAAUUUAAAAUGGAAGUAUUAAGAAAAUGAUAAUCCUUAGAAAAGUGUGAUGAAUUCUUUUGUAAGCCACCUACUUUAGAAUAAUUGGGAUAACUUUUAGCUGAUUUACCAGCUAAUAAAAUUUAAUGUUCUAAAAAAUAAUGUACUUAUUCUUAAGGAGGUGAAAAUAAAAUAUUAUUUAAUAAAAGUAAAUAUUAUUUAUUAUUUUUAUAGUUCCAUUCCUUUAAACAGAUAAAAAUUUUAGAUAUUUAGAUAAAUCAAAUAAUGGAAUGCUUUUGACAACAAUCACACCUAAAAAUUAAAAAUUUGUUUCUAUAACGGCUUAAUUAGCAUUAAAAUGUAAUAUACAAGAUUAUGAUUUUCAUUCAUAAGGAUAUAGUGGAGCAUUUUAAGCUAUUAAAAUAGGAAAUUCUAAACUUUAUAGUGCUUUAAUAAUUGAACCAACCUCUAAUGGAAUUAAAAGAAAAUUUAGAUCCUAAACACCUGAAAGUAUUUAAUAUUAAAUAAAUUAUUAGUGUAUGAUGAGUUAAAUAAUAUACAGAAUGUUAAAACAAUAUAUUAUUUUAUGAUUAUUACCAAUAAAGGUCCAUAAGAACUUUUUGAUUAAAUAAUUUCUGUUGUUGAAAAAGCAAAGGAAAUUGAUUAAAAAAAAUAUUAAUGUACACCUAUUCCAAAAGAUACAGAUGUUACAUUUAUAUAAUUAAAUUCAAAAAACUUUGAAGAAAUUUAUGAAGAGGGAUUUUUAAAUUAAGAAGAAUAAUAAUAAUAAUAAGAGACGGCGAAUAUUCCUAAAAUUGAAUUACUAGAAAAUUAAAAUAAUGGGUUAUGUUUUAAAGUGUUUGAUUAAUGUUAUUACAAUGGAUCUUCUAUUUAAAUUUGCUAAGGAAAUAUUGGUGAUAAUGAAAAGUUAUAAACUUUUAGUAUUCAAUCGAUAAAAUUAUCAGAAGAAAUGAGAAUUACUUUUUAAACUAAAGAUAAAUAAUAAAUAAUUUUGGAGAACAAUUAAGAAUGUUUACAAAAUGCAAUAAUUAUUGAUGAAAUAAAAGUUGAAUAGGUAUAGAAUUAUGAAUGA